GCAGAUGGAGUGUGAUUUGCCUCCGAAGACUGGCACAAGCUUCUGGAGGACAAGUUUCCAUGGUGUCAAUGCACUCUCAGGAUUCGGAAUACUGUCGAUUCCCUAUGCUGUGUCUCAAGGGGGUUGGUUGAGCAUGAUACUUCUUUUGACUAUCGCAGUCGUCUGCUGCUACACAGGGAUACUGCUGCAACGUUGCAUGGAUUCGAACUCACUGGUUAAGACUUAUCCCGACAUAGGUGAAAUAGCCUUGGGGCACAAGGGAAGGAUCCUUGUGUCCGUGUUCCUGUAUCUGGAGCUGUAUCUUGUGGCGACCGAGUUCCUGAUACUAGAAGGUGACAACAUGGAGAAGCUGUUCCCACGUAAAAGUUUCGUGAUUGCCGGACUCAAGAUUGGAGGUAAACAAGCGUUCAUUCUCCUUGGAGCCUUUGUGAUUUUGCCCACGACAUGGCUGCGGAGCUUAGAUCUACUGUCUUAUGUGUCACUUGGUGGAGUGUUGGCUUCCCUCGUCGUGGUAGCCUCUGUUCUUUGGGCUGGAGCAGUCGAUGGCGUAGGAUUCCACGAGAGAGGAGUUCUUCUAAACUGGACUGGAAUUCCUACUGCUGUCAGCCUUUACGCCUUCUGUUAUAGUGGUCAUGCCGUUUUCCCCACCAUAUACGUUCCCAUGAAAGACAGAAGGAUGUUCCCCAUGGUAUUGUUCAUCAGCUUUACACUCUGCACUCUCAACUACAGCUUAAUGGCAACAGUAGGCUACCUGAUGUACGGUGAAACCUUGAAGUCUCAGAUCACACUAAACCUUCAAGCUGGGAAACUGAGCUCAAAGAUAGCAAUCUGCACGACUCUCAUCACUCCGUUCGUGAAGUACGCUUUGCUGGUGACACCCAUCGCUCGUGCCAUCGAAGAUCGGCUGCACGUAUCUAAGCAUUGGUCGAUUAGCCUCGUCAUCAGAACUGGUAUUGUGAUCACCACAGUGGCUGUGGCGUUAAGUGUUCCAUUUUUUGGAGACAUCGUAGCGCUCACAGGUUCAUUUCUGAGCAGCACAGCAACGAUGGUGCUGCCCUGUGUGUGUUACCUUAAAAUCUUCAAGAACUCCAGGAAAUGGAGUUAUGAACUGCUGUGCAUAGUAGCAAUUAUUGUGGCUGGCUCUGUGGUUGCAGUUACAGGCACUUAUGCUUCGCUGAAGCAGAUCAUACAGCAUCUGUGAACACAGACAUUAUAAGAAGUAUGUUUCUUAGGUUGCUUUUCUCCAACUGAAGAACAUAGUUAUACAUGAUAUAUGUGUAACCAACCAUGUAAUUAUAUAUUUAUAUAUGAUUACGGUAGUUUGCA